AUUUUUAGUUUGCCUUUAUAUUUCUCUUCAUUAAUUAAUAUAGAAACUUCAUCAUAAAUUUUGAAUUCCAUUCUAAAUGUAUUAGAAAUAGAAUAAUACACUAGUAAAGUUCACUUCUAUUUUUUCUAAAAAAAUAUGGUUUUAUUAAAAUACAAAUCAAAAAGAAUUAGUUAUUUUUUUAGAACAAACUAACCUUCUCAAGAUCAUUUUUAAUUGCCAAACCCAAAAAAAAGUCUGAAGUUCUUUUGUGCCAGUCAAGAAGAAGUUUAUUAGAAACUAGUAUGGAACAGAGUUACACAUAUGAAAAAGAGUUUUUUUUGGUGUAAAUAUGAAAAAGAGUUGCACAUAUGAAUUGGUCAUAUCAUUGCUUGUUAUCGGAAAAAUGCCUCAAUCAUAGCAUUACGUUCCCAUGGAGUCGAGUUAGAGUCAUCGGAACCCCUCCAUGGACUUACUCGGUACUGACGCGCAGGCCGUGAGAUACUGGGUCCUACUGCACCUCUGAGAUUGUUGACGACCUUUUUAUCCCAAACCGCUUCUCCUGUUUCUUUUCCAACAAAAGAAAGGGAAAAAAAAUUCAAUACUAAUUUCUAAGAAAUACAAAACCAAUUCAAGGGAUGAAAGAAGAAGUUUCCCAUAGUAACCAUCAACUUACUGGUAUUGCGAGAUUCGUUAUCGUAUGCUAAUCCAGCGAAGGCGAUUGUGUUCAGUGAUGCAACGAACAAGAGAAUAAUCAAAGUUAUAAGCCGAAUUAUGUACAUUUUGUUGGGCUUUUUUGCUGGUUGGUCUAUACUCUUUUAAGUUUGAUCACUUUGUAAUUUGUAUAUGUAUUUAUAUGUAGAGAACAUGCACAAAGAUUAGGUGGGUUACGUUGCUAAUUUGGAACGUAGACAAAGAAAACUAUUAAUCUAGAGCACAUUAAACGCGUUCAUUAGCAUAUUUUUAUGUUCAUGUUUGACUCUUGAGUUAUUUUUUAUGUUAGUUGAACCGGUCCAACUUCAUUUUUUCUCCUCUAUAGCAUAUAAAUAAUAUGUCUUCGUGAGAAUAUGUUGACGUAGAAACAGACCAAGACCGCAAUAUAACGAAAGGCAAAAACAAACAUUUAAUUAGAGUAACAUUAUAGAAUUUGGCGAUUCAUCAUCCUAAACUAGAAGACCAUUAUUGCACAUGCUAAGAGCAAGAGCAUUAGAGGUUCAAGAGGGAGGUUCACACGUUUUACGAGAAAAAAAAAAUAUUAAAAAAAGCAAAAGUGAUGAACUCACCCCUUCUCACCUCUUCUGCAUGAUACCCUCUCUCCUAAAGUUCAUCACUGUAGCGCGGGCCCCACGACACGUGGCGGCCCGCGAUUGGUCAAUUUUUUUUUUUUUUUUUUUUUUAAAAAAAAAAAAAUCAAAAUGAAAAAAAGAAAAACUUUAAUAAUAAAAAAUUAAGAAGGUGAACCCCAAAGGGGGUUCACUGAUGCUCAUGCUCUAACAUUUAGCCCAUGGGCCAAGGUUUUAAUUACUUAUCUUGCCGCGCAAGAUGAGCGGACAUACGUUUCCGAGAUAUCCGCAGUUCGGUAAACCCUAGAAAGUUAUAAACACUAAAAACUUCUUCUUUUCACAGUAAUCUUCUCCAGAAAACUUUCUCUCUAAUGUCUUCCAAACCCAAAUCUAGAUCUUCAGCCGCCACGAGCGGCAAAGAUCCACCGCGUGAUAAAAAGAUGAAGAAGUCAUCGCUGGCGACAGAACCUACGUCGAUAUCGAUCCUGUCACUUCCCGACGAUUUGCUGAUAAACUGCUUAGCACGCGUCUCCAGACUGUAUUAUCACUUUCUCUCACGCGUCUCCAAACGUUUCCGAUCCAUCAUUGCUUCACCGGAGCUUUACGCAACUCGCUCGCGCCUAAACCGUACAGAGAAGUGUAUCUACCUUUACUUACGCUUCCCUUUUGACCCCAAAACUUAUUGGCUCACUCUAAGCGGUCUACCUAGUCGUAACGUAGCCAACGGGUCAAGUGGCUAUUACAUGGAGCAAAUCCCAUGUCCGAACUAUUUGCGUCCCGCGCAGUCAUCGACGCUCGUAUCCGUUGGAUCUGAUAUCUACAAGAUCGGCGGCGCUAAUCAUUUGCAUGAAUGCAAAAUAUGGAAGAGGAACUAUUGUGUUAGUGUCUCUGUCCUUGACUGUCGCACUCACACGUGGCGCCAGGCUCCGAGCAUGGGGAUGGCGCGCAACGCGAACGCCACAGCGACGUUAUUUGAUGGGAAGAUAUACGUAGCCGGUGGAUGUGAUGAAGAGUACGUGAGUAAACCCAACUGGAUCGAAGCGUUUGAUCUGGAGACACAAACGUGGGUCCCCGUGACGAACCCUCGUAUUUUCAGACUGUACGAGGAGGAUAGAGUUAAGGGCUUUGAAGCCAAAAGCGUAUCACUUGAAGGGAAGCUCUACAUUUUUGGGGAUGAGGCUGCGGUGUAUAAUCCCGAGGAAGGUAAAUGGUCAGAGUUAGGAAGGGAGAUGUAUGGUAUGUUUCGGGUAGAAAGAGGGUGUCAUUGCGUGAUUGACGAUGUCUUGUUCUUGUGGGAUAGAUAUAAAAGAGUGUUCAAAUGGUAUGACUCCAAGUCAUAUUUAUGGAAGGAUUUGAUUGGUGUUGAAGGUUUGCCUGAACUUUCGCCCGACCCUCAAGUCUGUCAAGUGGAGAUGGUGGAUCUCGGUGGAAAGAUUGGGUUUUUGUGGGAUCAGUAUUUGUAUACAGCGACCAAUCAGGAGUGUAGGGUUUGGUGUGCUGAGAUUGCGCUUGAGAGACGCGAUGGAGAUGAGAUGUGGGGGAAAGUUGAGUGGUUUGAUUCUGUGCUUAGAACCCACCAGUCUUGUUCUUCGUUCCAUGUUGUUUCUGCUUCUGUUUGAUGAAUGUACUUCUCAUGAGAACAUGGUUGGACGGUUAUUACUGUGGGGGUAGUUUCGUUUGCUUUGAGUACUUGCGUUUCUUUUUUUUUAGUUCCUUUUCUCUUUUAGUAUGGUUGUUUAAUGAUUCCAGAUCAAUGCAAUUUUCAUUGUUUCA